AAAUAAAAAAAAUCACCACCACCUAUAAGUCAUUUCAUGGUCCUCCAUCCCAUCAAAUAUACAAAUACCAAUAAACCCCAAAAACCCCAACAAAAGAAUAUCACCACCACAAAACCCCUCAUUCCACCACACUUUCUGAGCUACCAAGACAUGUCUACUGCUCUUGGGCCACUCUCUCUCCUCCUGCUUUUGAUCUCUGCGUUUACCACCAUCAAUGGAGCAUCCUCUUCUCCUGGUGUGGUGGUCAAUGGAUCGGACCUGAUGGUGCCGUUGAUCGAGCCAGGGACCGGAUCGAUGGUGCUGAAUGAGACGCGUAGGCGGCUCGGUAGCUUCCAGAUAUGUGCUCUUUGUACUUGCUGUGGAGGGCCUAAGGGUCUUUGCUUGCCUUCUCCUUGUUGCUAUGCUAUCAAUUGCAAUAUACCCAAUCGACCAUUUGGGUUUUGUUCUUUCACACCAAAGACCUGCAAUUGCUUUGGCUGCCAUCUCUAACUUCUCUUCUUAUUACAUGUAAGCCCCUCUCAUUAUUUCUUUUUGCCAUUUCUUCCUCUUUUUUUUUUUUUUUUUUUGAUAGUGGGUGUGAUUCUGUUGGGAGUGUGAAUGAAAAGGAAUAUCUGUUUUGGUCUAAUUGUUUAUUCUUAUAAUCUCAGUCAUUACAUAGACUUGCAUUGUUAUUAUUAUUAUUAUU